AUGACUAUGCGACUCGAAUAUCUCGUUGCAGUGCUAGCUGGUCUUGCGUCUCAUGUUGGUUACUUUCGUCGAGGCGAACAUCACCUCUAUGCCUCACUAUAUGUCGAAGCCUUCGCUCUCACGGUGGCCGCAGCAUUCGGAUUUUUAGUGUACGGACAAGGCGACGAUGUCCGCCUCGCGUCAUCCCAAGUUUCCUGCCUGGCUGCCGCUUAUCUCUGCGGUCUGUACGGUAGCCUGCUAGUGUACCGCAUACUCCUCCAUCCUCUGAACAAAUUCCCUGGACCGGUCGGCUACCGGAUGUCGAGCGUUCGGCUGUCGUCACAACUGUUCAAGCGUGAUGCUUUCAGGCACUUUCAGAAUUUGCACAAUCGAUAUGGCCCUUUUGUCCGCGUUGGGCCCUCCGAGCUUUCCAUUGCGCACCCCGAAGGCGUCAAUGUCAUCUACGGGCAAGGCUCGAAAUGUACCAAGGCCGCAUGGUACGACCUGACAAAGCCGAUUACCUCACUCCAGACAUACCGGGAAAAAGCUCUCCAUGACCGAAGGCGCCGUGUGUGGAGUUCAGCGUUCAGUGAUCGCGGGCUGCGGGGAUAUGAACAACGAAUCGAGGUCCACCGCAGGAAACUUAUAAGUCAUAUCCGGAGUCUCGAUGGUAAACCGAUCAAUAUGACGAAAUGGUUUAAUCUGUACAGUUUCGAUGUCAUGGGAGAUCUUGCCUUCGGGAGGAGCUUCGACAUGCUGGAGACGAGCCAGGAGCACUGGGCAAUCCAACUGCUCAAUGAUGGAAUUAAGCCCCUGGGUUUCUUUCUCCCAAUGUGGUUUUUUAGACUUAUGACUAGUGUUCCUGGGCUGACCAAAGACUGGUGGCGGUUUAUCAACUUUUGUAGCGAGCGAAUCCAGCAAAGGUUAAAGACUAAGCAAACCAUUCCGGAUAUUGCCUCAGCGAUAUUGGCCCCUUUGGAAGGGAAAAAACUAACGAAAGAUGACUUGAACCUGUUGACCGGAGAUUCGCAAUUGAUCGUGGUUGCCGGCAGUGAUACGACUGCGACGACUAUGGCGAGCGUCCUGUAUGAGCUGGUGCGACAUCCCCAACAAAUUGACAAAUUAAGACAAGAACUCGCGCCCUAUAAGGCCGACCACCCUGUCGGUGAACUCCUGGAUGAAAAGAUACCGAACCUGAAUCAUCUAAACGGAGUCAUCAACGAAACCCUGCGAUUACACCCUCCCGUCCCAACAGCUCUGCAUAGAAAGACUCCUCCCGAGGGUAUCGAGAUCGACGGCACCUACAUUCCGGGGAAUAUGACCGUGUGGUGUCCGCAAUACGUGCUUGGACGUGACGAAAAUUGCUACUCCAAGCCGGAGAGUUUCAUCCCGGAGCGCUGGUAUCAGUUCCCAGACAUGGUUAAAAAGAAGUCCGCUUUUGCCCCGUUUUCACAAGGCCCCUACGGAUGCAUAGGAAGACCCCUGGCGCUGCUCAACAUCCGCACUACACUGGCGCAGCUAAUCAUGGCCUUUGAUAUUGCGUUGGCGCCCGGCGAGGAUGGAAGUAAGUUUGAAGGGAACGCAACAGAACAGUUCACCAUUAGUAAAGAUCGCUUCUGCUCUAUUGGGCACCGACUGUAA